CAUCAUUCUCGGGAUAUCUAGUGGAUCUGUGUGGGCCAAAAUGUGGUAAUUUUGGCAAUUUUAACAAACAUAGGAAGUUUAGAUGGUUAGAGUAAGGUUAGGAUUAUGGUGCGGAUUAGGGUAAAGGUUUCGUAAAAUUUGAAAUACCAAGGAUUUUGUCAAAACCAAAAACCCACGCUCACGGAUCUGACUCGAAACAACAAAGGAAUGCACUUUUACAAUAUUUCUAUACUGUUUUAUGUUCUCCAACAUAAAGAACAAAAUAGAACAAAAUGCGUUCUGCAGGACUUCUGCUGUUUGGGAUUCAUCUCGCCUUUGCUGGAACACGCUCUCUGCAAUACUUCUGCACAGUGGUAUACGGAGACAUUAACCUCCCAGCGCUAACAGUUGUUGGGAUGGUCGAUGGUCAGCAGUUCAUGUACUUUGACAGCAACACAAAUAAAGCUGUGCCAAAGACAGAGUGGAUGAGACACUUUGAAGGAGCAGAUUACUGGGACAAAGAUAGUCAGGUUGUCAUCGAUCGCUAUAAUGAACACAAAACCAUCAUGGAAACAAUAAUGAAUUAUUACAACCAGUCCAUGUCAAAAGAUAUUCACACCUUUCAGAUGAUGUACGGCUGUGAGCUGGAUGAUGAUGGGACCACUCAAGGAGACUUGCAGUAUGGUUAUAAUGGAGAAGACUUCAUCAGUUUUGAUAGAAAGACACACAAGUGGACUGCUGGAGAAAUGCAUCCUGAAGCUGUCAAUAUCAUGAACCAAUGGGAUACUGGUGGAAGUAAAACAAAAUACUGGAAAGCAUACCUGGAGAGCAUGUGCUUUCAGCGAAUAAACAAGUUUAUGAGCUACGGCAAAGACACUCUGGACAGAAAAGGUGUCUCUACUGCAGAAGAACUCCUCGUCUCCAGUUAUCUGUCACGCUACAGGUUUUUACCCCAAAAACAUCACAAUGACCUGGAAGAAAAACAGUGAGGAUCAUUAUGAAGAUGUGGAGGUCAGUGAAACCUUACCAAACGAAGAUGGAACGUUCCAGAAGAGCAUCAGUCUCUCAGUGAAGUCUGAGGAGUGGAAGAAGAAUCCAGAUGUCUACAGAUGUGUGAUUCAACA